CCUCCGCUCUCCCCUCUUUUCCGCCGCCCAAAGAUCGCCGCCGCCGCCGCUCAGAAAUCAAAGUUAUCAUGGCCCGUGACUACAUCAGGGUUAAGGACUGGAUGUAUGUGAAUCGUGAAAAACGCACAAAGGCUGAGUUCAUUGAAGGAGUUGCUUCUUUUAUGAACUUUGUACGUGAACACGAUAAGAUCCAACAUGGCAUGAUUCUUUGUCCGUGUAGCCAUUGCGGGAAUACUUUGUAUCGUAAAGAAGAAGAUGUAGAACUUCACAUUGUUAAGUAUGGUUUUAUUAGAGGUUAUACAACUUGGGUAUAUCACGGAGAAAUUCUAACUCCCAUUAAUGCCGAAGAAGAAGAAGAAGAACCCAAGUUUGCCGCGAUGACCAAAGUUUUAGAUGAGGUACAUGGAGGGCAUCACGGCGGUUAUGAGAGAGACUUGGGUCAUGGUGUCAGUAGACAUUAUUUGAAGACUUCCUCUACUCCGAUAUUUGCCACUCUUCCUGAUGUCCUUCGCGAGAUGGCCGAGCUUAAGUCCAAGAUGGAACGACUUACCCAACUAAUUGAUUCUCAGACCACUCGUCCACCACCUAUCGUUCCUGCUACUACUCCACCGACUUUAGCUCAUCAUUCUCUGGAUGCUCAGAGUUCUACAUCUGCUGCUCAAUGUUUUCCGCGGGAUAUUUCGACACAAAGCCCUCUUGCUAGUCGAUUGGAAGGCGUGCUGGGGGGCAUCUUAGGGAGCUUAACACAAGAGGGCUAUAGCGAGGAGGACAUCCGCAAAGCUUUUGCUGAUUAUAUUCAAUUAAAUCAGCCGUGACUUGUACUUUUAAUUAACAUACUUAAGACAUUUGUAUAUUUCAGAUAUCCUCUUUUGGGAGUUGAGUAUAUAACUUGUUGUAUUUUGAUUC